GCAGACGGGUCGGCCCACACCACAGACGUCUCAGGUCGCAGCACGACGACGACUCUCGGCAGCCGCAGAGGAGCAGCAGCGACCCGCAGACCAGCACCGCAACACCGUGACGUCAGGGAUGGCAGUGAAUGUGUACGCCACGUCCGUGUCCAUUGACAACCUCAGCCGCCAUGACAUGCUGGCGUGGGUCAACGACUCCUUGCACCUCACCUACACCAAGAUCGAGCAGUUGUGUUCAGGGGCGGCGUACUGCCAGUUCAUGGACAUGUUGUUUCCCGGCUGCAUCCUCCUGAAGAAGGUGAAGUUUCAAGCCAAGCUGGAGCACGAGUUUAUACACAACUUCAAAGUUCUUCAGGCGGCCUUUAAAAGGAUGAGCGUGGACAAGAUCAUACCGGUAGAGAAGCUGGUCAAGGGGAAGUUCCAGGACAACUUUGAGUUUGUGCAGUGGUUCAAGAAGUUCUUUGACGCCAACUACGACGGGAAGGAGUACGACCCCAUGCUGGCCAGACAGGGGCAGGACGUGGCCCCCGCCCCCAACCCAGGUGAUCACUUUACCCACAAACCCAGGAGAACUUCAGGACCACAAAGGACUUCCCCAACGGUUCCCAAGAACAUGCCCACACCGCAGCGUGUGCAACACAACACUCCGUCCCUGAGGAAGAACCCCACCAUGACCCGGAACGGCGGCAGCGACGCUGAGAUCAUGGAGCUAAAUCAACAGCUGAUGGAGUUGAAGUUGACGGUGGACGGCCUGGAGAAGGAGAGAGACUUCUACUUCAGCAAACUACGAGACAUCGAGCUCAUCUGCCAGGAGAACGACAACAAUCCGGUGCUCGGCAAGAUAAUGGACAUCCUUUACGCCACAGAGGAGGGUUUUGCGCCUCCAGAAGAUGAAGAACUUGAGGAGCAAGGCCACCUGGACCAGGAUGAAUACUGAACCAAUUCCUUUUUUUCUUUUACUUUAUUUCUACUCUCUGCACGCUCUUACCGACUAACCCCACCACCACCACCCUGCUGCUAUCCUUUACUGUCCUCCACCCUCUCCAUCCCACCAAACAGCACCGUCUACAACAUAUCCUCGUACUCAGCAUGAGCCGAAGCAGAGCCGCCAAGACGGGCCUGAGCACGGAUGUGGUGAGGAGGUCUGUAAAUACUGAGGAUAUCUGCUCCACGAGAGUUAUUUAUUUGCACACUUUUGGAAGGCCGACAAGCCGCUUGCCAUUGGGACACAACUUUUGUUUUGUUGCUAUUUAUUUAACUUAUACCUUCUUGGAUGGGAAGCUACUGCACUGCUGAGGCUGCUGGACCUUCUGGUUCUGCUGCAAGAUGGUGGAUGUUAUUAAUAUUCCUAGUAUUAUUUUCAAGUGUUUUAAGGGAGUCCUGCUGACAGCUUCUACUGUAUCACGUUACUUAUUAAGGUACUGGGCAAAAAAACAAAAACAAAAAAAAGAGCCCCUUGUUUAGUUUUUUUUUUAACGACUAAUCUGCUUUGAGAAACUUUCAUCAGCAGCACAGACAUCGACUGAACGCUCAUCGUCGGACUUUUCAAUAAAUUUAAAACGGAUGUGAAAUGAA